AUGCCGCGAUACGACUUUGACGACGGCCGCAAUGCCGAGCGCGAGCCUCUAGAUCAGGGUUACCGGUCUCAUACUCCCAAUCCACCAGAGUAUUACCACGAUAACCAGUACUACAACGGGGCGCCUCAGGACUAUCACCACGACCAGCAGUAUACCGACGCCAACCACGAUCCCAACUUCAGUCGCAUGAGAGCCGAGCGGAGGGCCGAUCACCAAGGACCACCACCAGAAGUCGUCGGCGCCCUCGGCGGUGCCGUUGCAGGGCAAAACGCUCAACAAGCCGUAUCCCCCAUCGACAACUCUCCGCAAGUUCCGGUCCAUCGCGAUUGGGGACCCGACCGUUAUGCGGCUCCGCAGCAGAGCAAUCUGAACCCGAACACCACACCUGGUGCCGAUAACUUCAGCGACACGGCGUCAGGAGGCAUGGCUGGCAUCGCGUACACAGUCGCCGAACGCAACGCCAGGGAGAGCGGGGUUGACGCCAUAAGAAAUGCUGGCCAGGCCCCGCGAGGACAGUACCAGCAGCCCAACGCACCACCGCAAGCUUAUAGCCAACCCGGAGGCGAUGUCUAUGAGAUGAGCAAUGCCGUCCCACGCCCGUAUCAAGGUAGUUACCAGGGCAGUCUCCCUGACCGGGAUUCACACUCAAGCCUGACUGCCCUCGGCGGAGCUGGCGCUUCCCCGGCCAGACUAUCGCCAGCCUCCAGCCCAUACGGCUAUAACGACUACUACAACGAGAACCCCUACUACCAGAGAUACCCUCAGAACCUUGGCGUGGUGGAUCCCAACUCAAUUGCAGACGACGGCGAUGAUGGUCUAGACUACGGCAAGCCCAAAAGUGGACGAAACUCAAUGCUCAGCUUAUCAAACAGCGACCGCACAGGCAAGAGCAAAGUAGUCGGCGCAGCCGGCGUGGCUGCCGCCGGGGGUGCUGCAGCAGGAUUGAUGGCGAAUCGAAACGUCAGCGGCUACUAUGACCCCAAGGGAGUGACCGAGUACCAGAACGGCAGCGCCAUUGAUCUCAGCUCGCCAGAGAAGAAGUCGGAGUGGAUGGCGCAGCAAAACAAGGGACGAAGGAAGUGGAAGUGUUGCAUCAUCCUGGGAGUGAUUCUCGUCAUUGCUGGUGCCAUUGCUGGUGGCAUUGCAGGUGGAUUGGUUUCUAAAAACAACCGUGAUGGCAGCAAUUCAGGCAAUGGACAAUCAGCAGACGACGAUAAAAGCUCCAACGGUGAUCUCAACGCCGACAGUGCUGAGAUCAAAGCUCUCAUGAACAACAAGGCACUGCACAAAGUGUUCCCCGGAAUGGACUACACGCCACUCAACACCCAGUACCCUGAUUGUUAUCAUAACCCCCCUUCACAAAACAACGUCACUCGUGAUCUCGCCGUUCUUAGUCAACUGACCAACACGGUCCGCUUGUACGGCACAGACUGCAAUCAGACGCAGAUGCUAAUCCACUCGAUCCAACAACUCAAGUUGGAGGACACAGUGAAGAUCUGGAUGGGUGUAUGGCAGGACGGCAACACAACGACCAACGCAAGACAACUUGACCAGAUGUGGGAUAUUCUAGACCAAUACGGAGACAAGCACUUUGAGGGCAUCAUUGUAGCCAACGAGAUCCUGUUCCGGAAGCAGAUGUCCGAGUCGGAUCUAGGAACCCUACUCCAAGAGGUACGAAACAACUUGACCAGCAAGGGUCUCAGUUUGCCAGUGGCAACGUCGGAUCUGGGCGACGACUGGACGGCAUCCUUGGCGUCCAAGAGCGACUACAUCAUGGCCAACAUCCACCCCUUCUUCUCCGGGACCAACGCCAAGGAGGCUGCCGCGUGGACGUACGCCUUUUGGGAAAACCAUGCCGGUGGAUUCUUCAAGUCAGACAAGCAGAAGAACGUCAUUGCCGAGAUUGGGUGGCCGACCAAGGGUGGCACCAACUGCGGCGAUGGCACUGCUACGGGCUGCCCCAACGCUUCGGUUGCCGGUAUCGACGAGCUCAACGAGUUGUUGGACACGUGGGUGUGCCCUGCUUUGACUAAUGGUACCAACUACUUUUGGUUCUCGGCUUUUGACGAGCCAUGGAAGAUCAUGUUCAACGAAAAGGAUAAGAACUGGGAGGACCAGUGGGGACUGAUGGACGUCAAUCGCAACGUCAAGUCUGGCGUCGUUAUUCCAGACUGCGGCGGCAAGACCAUCUGA